UUACCAGCAAAAAUCAAGUGAAAAUACACUGAAUCGCACGAGUUUUGAUUUUUAUUUGCCACACACUAAUGCUGCUUUCCACUCUGUUUCAUGUCCGACGAUGAGUUGAAUGAACAAAAAUUUUCACUACACAAGAUUCCCGUUUUUGACGUCUCGCACAGCGAAAUGAAACUACGAAAACUAGCAUAAAUUUUGCCUCGAACGUCAAAACGGUCGAAACGCAGAUUCAUGUCAAGCUGAAAAUUUGAUGUUCUGCCUCUUCGGCCAAACGAGUCUCACACAAGAGCACUAAACGAUUGUCGAGUUUGAAGAAGGCGAGAAAGAAAAAACAGUUGAAACGUCUUUCAUUUCACUCUUUGGCAUUAGAUCACAUUCGGUAUACUUCAAAACGCCAAAUCGAUCAAAACAUUGUGCACUGCCGAACGCCGAAGAAAAUUAUUCGCAAAGAAGUAUUUUAGUCCGCAAAAUAAGCCUCCCUGUGCAAUGUCCGGGUUGAUCCGAUUGAGCAGCAAUGUUCUGCUGAUGCGAAACUUGAUCCAACAUUCUGCACGCAGUGCACGGUUGAUUUCAUCGUCGCAGAAAAACCGCGAUGCAGCCACCAUCGACGUAACCAGCAAGAAGACGACAAAACCAGCUGAACCAGCAGCCGCCUCUACGACUGCCGUGAAAAAGAAUUGGGUAAGCUACGGAUUCGACCAGAGGAACGAAGCAAAUGAUCGAAGUGCAACAAAUGCAUCGUUCUUUUUCUCCGUUACCCUCUGCCUGGUGCUCGGGAGUUUCUACUGGGCCUAUCUGCCGGAUCCGCAGCUACGUGAUUGGGCUCAACGGGAAGGAUACCUGGAGCUGAGACGCCGUGAAGCAGCCGGACUAGAACCGAUCAGUAAGGAUUUCAUCGAUCCGUCUCAAAUCGUUCUACCGACGGACGAAGAAUUAGGCAAUACGGAAAUUAUGAUCUAAAGCCCUCGCUAUUGGUUAGAUUUUUUUCUGUCACGGAGUUACGUAACAUGGAACAGGUAAAUACAGUUUAUGUAAAAUA